AUGGCAAGUGCACCACAAUUAGAAAUCGAGAAACGGGAAGGCGUACCUGUUGCCGAAGAUGGUACAAUUGGUCAUGAAGGUGAAAAAGCAAAAGCUACAUUUAAAGAACAAGAAGCUGAUGCGAAAUUACAUGAAACAGCAGUAACACAAAAUAUAACACCAGGCCAAAAUUUACUUGGCCAUCAAGAUUCCGCUCAACCAGGAAUUCGUCCCGGUGAUGCAGCUGGUAAAGCUGGUCCUCCCACAAAAUAA